CCUGCCUAAAUCAGUACUAAGCGAACUGUGAGCUCACAUGGAAGUCAGUCAGAGUCUUGACGAAACGUUGACGAAAGUUUUUGAGGAAAAAAAAUAUUUUUGCUGAGUCCCCAAUGCAAAGUAAAACCAACAACAACCGGUUAGAGACCAACAGCUAAGCUGUCAGCCAUCAGUGUAAAAACAACAACUAAAACCAGCGAUAUUCAAUGAAAAAUUGCACCAGAUCAAGGAUUGUACGCCUAAAAGUGUGCUGCAUAUAAGCAAAUAAAGCAAAAACGAAGCCAGCAUACGACGAAUUAGAGUUGGUAAGAGGACUUUGAGUGCAAGUUGAGGCGAGAAAAAAGUGAUUUGUUUUAAACAAAAAUCCAUAAUCGCAUGCGAUCGAAGCAUUGCCGUUGCGAAACUUGCUUAGCGAAAAAACUUCUUUUUUCACUGCGUUGAAAAGAUUUUUAUAGCAGCGGAAGUAAAACGUGUGUGGUGAAGUGGAGUAGCCAGCAGCGACGUGCAAGAAAAAUCAAUAUCCGUCUAAAGUUUAUUUCGGUUUCAGCGUAAGAAAACCAACAACAGCAACAACAACUACCGCGACUAGCGAGUUAAAAUACGAAAGAAAAAAGAAACACUCAAUCCAAUGAAAAACGUAAGAAAUUCGGCUUAAACGAAAAAACACACACACCAAUUGACGCCACACUCACAAGACAGUACCCAAGGACUUUAGUCACGCCAAAUAAACCGAAAAACAAAAAUAAUCCUAUACCAAAAACUAAAAACCAAGUACUUUAAUUAAAUACACGCUAAUUAACGCUAGUUUGCUUAUAAACUUAAAUACUCACUUAGCCAGCUAAGGAAAAAGCGAAUAAAAUUAAUUAAAAAGACUGUGAAUUACGUAUAUGUGUGCAUGCGCAUAUGUAUGUGUAAGGUUAUGUUCUAUCGAUGCUUAGUUGCAUGAAAAGACACAACAAAAAGUCUAUUAAGAGCACAUAAUUUUCAAAACAAAAAAAAAACAGAUAAGAUACUAUCAAUAUUUUUUCGCAUUGAAUGAAAAAAAAAACUUCAAUAAAAAUUUAUUAUAAAUUAUCAAAUAAAUUCAGCGUUAGUCGCCAAUGUCCAUUUUUUCGGUGUUUAGUGGAUAAGUGGAAAAAUCAAAAAUUUAAUUGAUUACUUAAUUAACGAUAGAAAAGAAUUUUGUCAAAAUUUGUGCAACUCAAAUUUUCAACAUAAAUUUUGAAAUUUGGAAAUUUGUGCAUUAUUUGCGAGAUUAUAUAAAACCAUAAACCGCAUUGAAAACCGAAAAUAAUAAAUAAGAAAACCACAAAAAACAAACCAAAAACAAAUUACGAACGCAUAGUUGACUGUAUGCUUCUUCUUCUCCAUCCAUAUUAGUUAAAUGCUUAAGCUUAAGUGUCACAUUAAGGCGGAAAAGCAAUAACGGCGAUUAUUACAGCAAAGCGAAAAACGGAAAUAAAUAAAGAUUUUGCGGUUUUUGGUGGACUUUGAAAACCAGUAGUAAAAUUUUACUUCAAAGCAAAAAUUAACAAGUGCAAUACAAAAAAUAUUUAUGCUAAAAAAAUUAGAAAAGAAAAACUCUCAGAAAAACUGCACACUAAAAAAAUUAAAGAAAUACCAGAAAAAAUAUAAAUAUUAAUAAGAAAUAUAUCAGCAAAAAAAGAAAAAUCAUUGAAUUAUUUACAAGUCCGAAGCAAAUAAAUGCAAAAGCAAAAAAAGGAAUAAUUUAAAAACAAAAUAUUAAUUAAAAAAAAAACCACUAAAGCGCCAUAUACAACAACGCUAGCCGUAAAAUAUCAUACAGAAAAAAAUUAAUUUAAAAAAAUAUUUAAACAAAAUACAACUGCAAAGCUUAAAAUAUCGCAUACACAUCAGCCUAAAAGUUAAUUUAGUAUAUGAAAAAAUAAAAUAAAGCAAAAUUAAUUUAUUUGUACGCAGUUUUUCCCAACUGUGUACAACAACGAAGAAAAACAAAAAAUUAAGAAUCUUACAUUUUAAAAACUCUUUCAAUUUAUAAAAAACACUCAAGAACUCACUUGCCCAGCUAUAACAAGAACAAGAAAAAACGUGCAAGGCAGAAUUUGCAUCUCACACGCUUUUCCAAUUUCCAUUUAUAAACGAAAAGCGAGGCGAGAGCACACACCAAGAACAACAACAACAGCACGAGCCAACAGCUGCAUAGACAACGCGGAGUCGACUUCUUGAAGUUGCAGCGUUACUACGAAAAUAAAACAAACACAAAAACGAAAACAUAUAAAUAAAAAUUUAGUGCAGAAAAAUUUGCGCUCUCUCUUGGCGAAGCGGCGUGCUACAGCAGUCGUCCAAUUUCGCAGACAACAGUUAGUCAUCGACGGCGCUUGCCACUAGUGACUCGAAGUAGAUGCCACACAAGUCAAGCAAAGUGUAGUGCGCCAAGCCGGCAAAGAAGCCAAUUGUAGAACAGUAAAGCGAGAAUAUCGAGCGAAUUUGUGAAUUGUAAAAUUUUUCUAAUAACUUUUAGUGCAUAUUUGAACCCGCAAACAAUCCAGAUAUAAACCAAUCGAAAAUAAAAACCAAAAUCCAAGAAAGAAAAGACUGAUUUUGAUUUGGAACUUCCAAGAAGUUUUGAAUGCAAAAAAAACAAGGGUGCAUAGGUUGAGUAUUGAAACUGCAGACUGUGUAGAAUUGUGACGUUUUCAAAACUGCACAAUUUGGCGCGAGAGUAAAGUGAAGGUUCCUGUUAAACGUUAGAAAGCAUUAAAUAACAAAAAUUAUUCGAAAAAACACCAAAAAGUGACUAAAUAUUUGAAAUUCGUACUUGAACUUUGCCAAAACGCAAACUCGAGUGCUUAACAUAAAAAGCUGUGACUGUGACAAAAACCGUUAAAACCAAAAAGUACAGGGAUUCAAACCAAACCAGCCUAAACAAAAAAGAAAAUAUAUAUUAAAAAAAACACAAACUAAUUUAAAAACCUUAAAUUUUUGAGUGACAAAAAACAAACAUUGAAUAACUUGCAUUUUGAAACUUCCGCUGCGUUACUGCUGAGCGCUCAACAAACAUAAAAAAUCAACAACUACCUGGAACAAAGAACAAAUCAGGAAAUCCAACUACAAACUCCGUUACGUCCUCAGUCGACAAUGGCCAACGGCAACGGCAAUAAUGCUAGCGCUGCCGCAACCGCCGCCACUAAUGGCGAAGGCAACAGCUUGGCAACCAACGGCACAGCCACAACUACGAACGGCGGCGGCACAACAGUUGCCGAGCAUUUGAAUGGCGUUGGCGUAGAUAAUACCAAUGCAACUUCUGCUACUGCUGCUGCUGCUGCUGAGGCAGCAGGCAUCGGCGCCACCGGCACUGGCAGCGGCAUUGAUGUCGAUACUGAAGCUGGAGGCGCUGCAGCUGGUGAUGCGACAGACGGUGGUGUAGGCGGUGGUUUGGGCGGUGCCGUUUCCACCUCAUCCAUGGGCGGCGAUGAUGCUGGCACCGAUGCAGGCGCCAGCUCAUUGCCACCGUCCGAAGAGGCGGGCGGUCGUCCGCCACUCGAUACCGCUUGCUCUGAUGGCGGUGGCGGUCCAUCGAGUUUGGGUGGGGGCAUGGUUGGGCCACCAAGUCCACUAACCGGUUGUUAUUUACUGAUCGUGCUGGGUGAGCCACAUUCGGAGGAGCAUAAGGACAAUAUAUUGCAACAUUUGUUGAAGGGUAAGUUGCUGUUAGUUUUUGAACCGAAGGUAAUAAAUCUACAUAUGGGCUUUACAAAGUAAGUAUUUCAUUAAAAAAAAUUGUUGGUAAUUGACACUCAAAAGAUGGAAUAUACUGGAUGUUGUAAGCAGUAGCAGCCUAAGCCGAAUUAAGAAGGAACCGAGUAUUUAAUAUGGUAUUUCUGGCACUGCAUUCUAUGACUUCCGAAGAUAUAGAAAGUAUUUUCGCCUGAUUUUCGACUCUUAAAAAAACACGAAUAAACUGCUUAAGUUCUGCAUUAUUUUCAAACUAAGCCCUCUUUAAUUAUUUAAUUUGUGUAUUAAAGACCAAAUGUAAAGUUCUUAAACUCUCCAUACGAACACUUGGUAUCAGUAUGGAUCCAUUUCUGGUCUAUGUGCGAUUCCACGAAACCUAACCGAAGGUUUUAGAUUUUUUAAAAUUUCAAUAAAGUCAAAAUAUUUCAUCUAAGUUUUCACAAGAAAGAACGUAACUGCCUUGUUUUUGCUUGGAAAUAAAAACAAAAAUAGAAAUGUAAGCCUGUAUAUAAACACAGAAUUUAAACUCGAGGUAAUCUAAUUUAUUUUCGAAUGAAAUCGUUCCAUGUCAAAUGAUCCACAUAUUUUUAACAUUUUAGAGAAGUUUACUGAAUAGUGGUAGUAUUUGUAGGCCUCAUGUAAACUCAAAAAAUAAAAAAAAAUAAAAAUUAUUUAGAGAUUUAUUCAACGUUGAAAAUUUUGGUAUAGAAUUUUCAAAGACAGGUCUUCAAGACUUCAAAAAAUUGUUUUGCCUCUUAAAAAAGUAAAAAUCGCCGUACAGCUGCUUCCUAAUGUACGUAGCAAUGCUUCACUCGAGUUUUAAAUAGCCUUACUAUAUAUACAUAUUUGUGUAUGUAAUAGCCUACAUGUUUACUAGUGCUUCACUAGAGCAGUAUUUCUCACUGAUUUUCAAAGGUUCGCUGUACGUAUUUUAUUAUAGCUCGAAAAGUUAUGGGAAAAAUAUGAUGAAACCUAGUGAUGAUGAAACCUAACUGAGCACAGCCACAGUCUGCUUUUCAAGAUCGGAAAAUAAAUAUAUAUUUGUUUUUAUUUCUUACAAAAGUUUUUUACAAAAAUGUAUAGUCUUUUUUAUCUCAUUUUAAGUUACAAAAAGUGUUACUGAAAAAUUAAAACUAAAAAAAUAUUGUUGGACAGAAAAUAUUCAAAAUGUUCAACAGAAAAUAUUCAAAAGGUUGAACAGAAAAUAUUCAAAAUGUUUA